AUUAAAAAGAGCUGGAUAUUGGAUAUUAGCCUUGGAUAUAACGCACUUCAUUGUUGAGAUGUUGGGAUGAAGGACAUCUGGCGUCUUGUACUACACCAAGCUGAAGAAGAGUCAGGCUCUGUUUUAGCAUUGCGAACAAUGCAUCAUCCCGUUAUCGCACCUUUCCGGUUAUGGGAAUAACCAUAUUACCAUCUUUCGCAUAAACACAGUUAAUCAGUUGUGUAUAUAAGUCUGCAAUCAAUCGGAUGCUUAUAACUUCAUUCUUAGUUACAGUGAUUUACCGACGCACAAUAAUGGCAAACAACAUUUUGUUACCGAUACUUUUCCUAUGGGCGAUAUACGUAGAUGUUGAUGCUGUCAGCGAUGACGUAAUGGCAAGAUAUGUUCUUCACAACACAGACUGGGUGUCACUUGGAACAAUCGCAGUCGAGGACUCAAUCAAAGGUUAUCCCUUUGUCAACAUGAAGUCACACGUUGACGGACCUAAAGAUGGGUCGAACGGAAACGUCUACUUGUAUCUGACAGAUUUGGAUAUAGCCUCGAAAAACAUCAAGGUUGAUAGCAGGGUGUCAGUGCUGGCAACGCUGGCAGGAACUGAUUACUGCACGCGCAAGAACUACAAUCCCCAGGAUCCCAGAUGUCCCAAGGUGAUGAUCACAGGGAAGUUUCUAAGAUUGGAAAAAUCUGAUCCAGAAUAUAAGAUGGCCAAAGAAUCACUAUUUGCGAAGCAUCCGGUUAUGGCCACUUGGCCUCCAAAUCAUUUCUUCUUCGUGGCAAAAAUUGUACCAGAAGAGGUGCGUGUGAUGCAUGAAUUUACAGGUAUGGUGAAGGUAGAUAUCAAGGACUACCUCGGCGCUUCACCAAACGACUUCCAAGAUGAAGAAUCUAAACCUAGUGAAUCAGCAAAGAAUGGAGUUUAGCUGAAAUAAACUGUUAUGCAAACUUCGUUUAAAUGUAAAAACAAAAUAGUUGUUACAGGCCUAAGUAAAUGUUCUGAAAUCUAG